ACCGCUAUUCUCUGUAACUAGUUUUCUGUUGCUGUGAGCUCUUGCUUUCAACGAUAUAAAAAUUGGAAAAAGAUUACAGAGGCUUAAAGCCUUUCAGUCAUGGAAAUGAGUGUGGCGACGAAGAUCUUUGUUCUGCUUUGUGUUUUUCUGCUUUAUGGGGCUUCACCUUCACUUCAAGCAGAGAAACACUCGCUGUAUUACAUUUACACGGCUUUGUCCAAACCUGUCGAUCAGCCGGGCAUCUAUCAGUUCACUGCUAUGGGUCUGCUAGAUGACAGAGAAAUCGACUAUUACAAUAGUAAGGAACAGAGAAUGAUUCCCAGACAGCGCUGGAUGAAAGAGAAAAUGCAGGAGGAUUACUGGGAAAAAGGCACCCAGUCCAGAAAGAGCAAAGAACAGUGGUUUAAUGUGAAUGUUGAUAUUCUGAUGAAACGCAUGAGACGCGAUGAAUCAGAUCUUCAUGUUCUUCAGUGGAGACACGGUUGUGAGAUUGAGAAACAAGGAGAUGAAGUGAAGUUUUCCAAAGGCAUUGAUGAGUACGGCUAUGAUGGAGAAAACUUGCUGUCUUUUGAUGAUAAAGAGUCUCAGUGGGUCGCCCCAGUUGUACCAACCAAGAGAAAAUGGGACAAUGAGCCGAUCCUAAACCAAUACACCAACGGAUACCUGGAGAAAGAGUGUGUGGACUGGCUCAACAAAUUCAGAGAAUAUGCAGACGAGGAGUUCAGAAACGGCUCUCCUCCAGAUGUUCAUGUGUUUGCAAAAAGGUCUAUCAGAGACAAAACCAAGCUGAAACUCACCUGUCUGGCCACUGGCUUCCACCCCAAAGACAUGAUGUUGACCAUCAGGAAAUAUCGCUCACCUCUGCCUGAAGAUGAGCUUGAAUCCACAGGAAUCAGACCAAACCAUGAUGGGACCUUCCAGAUGAAGAAGAGUGUGAUUAUCCAGGAGGAUGAAAAAGCUGAGUUUGAUUGUUUUGUUGUUCACAGAACCCUCAAAGGACCAAUUAUCGUCAGAUGGGGUAGGCACACUAAAAUAAUUGAAGGGGUCAUAUAAUGCUGCUAAAAAUAA